ACCCCUUAAAAAUACAAAUUCAGUGAAAUUUAGCAAGAAAAACCCUUAAAUACAACCUUACAUUUAAGGACAAGUCAAUGAUAAACAAAUUACACGAAUUUUCUUUCCAAACAAGCAAAGGAUUGAGCAAGAUGGAUUGGAUAAAUACUUACAUUUCUUUACAAAUCCAAAACAAAAUGGCGACGCACAGAGAAAACCAAACGAAAGAGCCUGAGUACUAGCUUGAAGAUUCUAGAUCCCAGUGCUAUUUUUUCGCGCGGUCAUCAAAAUGGCGGCAAACAUGAAGACUGAAGAACAAGAACAACAAGAGAUCUUGUUCUCUAUACAAAAACAGUAUUUUCAAAUGGUACCAAUCAAAUUUUUUGACUGGAAGAAUAUCGCACAAUAUUUAGACAGUACUUUACAGAAAGUCAUAUUACGAAAGACUUACAUGAGCAAUGAGUUUGUCAAGUACACUCCUUCAAUUAGGUACAAGAGGAUGUUCCUAAAACAGCUGAUGAAGAUCAGUGAGGAAGCAAACCAUGAACUUGUAGAUGAGCUUUAUGAAUGUUAUGCAGAAGUUAUUAGCGAAGUGGAUGAUGAUCAGAGCCCUUGCUACAAGACUUAUAUUCUUCCAUCUGGUUCUGGUAUUAUUGUGGAAGAAUCACAAAACAUAAUUUCUCAGGGAACGACUGGCCUUAGCACUUGGCAGGCAGCUCUUUACAUGCUGGAGUGGGUUUUGGAAAAUAGCAAAGAGUUUGAAAACAGAAAUGUGGUUGAGCUGGGCUGUGGUCUUGGUCUAUUAGGACUGUCCAUCUGCAUGAGCUAUAGCCCUCAGCAUUAUGUCUUUACUGACUGUCAUGAAGCAGUGCUUGGAAAACUGAAUAAAAACCUGUCCAUAAAUGGCUUUCAAAGGAAUGCAGAUUCAAAUUGUUAUUGUGGAACAGAGGAUGAGACUGUGUUGCCAAAGUGCCCUCGUAUUAAUAAACGUAAUAAAUUGAUUGGGAGUAACUGGACUUUUGACCUUGCCAUGAACAAUGGUUGUAAUGACAGGUGUGUACCAGAAUAUUUUAGAGAAGAGUUGCAAUAUUCUGAUAGUAGGGAACAAGAAACAGUUUGUUAUACUUGUCAAAAAUGCAGCAAAUGUUACAGACCACUGAGCACUCUUCAAGCAUUAGGCAAAGAUUGUGAAUCUCAUGACAAUGUUAAAACGAAUUGUACGAAAAGAGUACAGCUUGAAAAAAAGGAUCUUUAUAGGAAAGAAAGUAGAGACAGAGAUAAGGUUAAUGUGGCAUCUAUAAGGUUGGACUGGGAAGACGUCAGUAUGGAUGAUUUAGAAGGAUUGUCCUGUGGAGUUAUCGUGGCUACUGGUAAAUAUUAAGCUAUGAUUAAUAAUAAAUUGGUACAAAAUAUAGCAAUAAAAUGGUGUAACAUUGUUGCAUCAUAAGCUCUAAAGCAUUAUAAAUGGGGAAUGUAUAGUACUCAAUUACACAAUGUACACAUGCUCUGGGCCCAGUUGUUCAAAGCCUGAUUAGUGCUAAUCCUGGGUUAACUCUUAAUAAGACCUAUAGAGUUAAUCCUGGAUUAGCGCUAAUCCAGCUUUGAACAACCCGGCUCUGAGUACUGUUUACAGUAACACUUAAAUUGGUGUCCAUUGUGUUUAAUGUGUAAAUCAUCCAAUCAUGGUGCUUUGUCACAGUUACUGUCAAUUAUGGCAUGUUGUGCAUGCAGUACAGCUAUGCAUUUGCAAUAUCAUUUCCCACUGAUACCAAAACCACUUUGACAAUAUUUAUUAAUAUAUCUUGUUGUGUACACAGUGAUCUUGAUGUGUAGGGCUUGAAAUAAUGGUAUGUCGGUCACUGGUCAUGAUGACCAACCAAAUUAAUUUUAACUCAGUCAUACCUUGUUUCUGGCUCAACACUACCAAAUCCAAAACCAGUCUGGUCAAAAUGACUAGCAAGACAAAGAUUUGACCAGACAAGUUCCAAUUCUGGCCAUAUAUUGUCCAAUUACUGGUUGUUAUUUUAAGCCAGAUGAGUGGUUCAUACUAUGAUUAAUAUCAUUCUGUGACUUACAACUACGCAAAUGUUGCACAUUAAGCUCAUUGUCGUUGGACCAUUAUUAAGAAAUGAAUAUUUUUUGUCAGGAUUUGUCACCUCAGUAUGUGACAGAUGGCAGGUACAUAGCCUUUUGUUUGCCGACUGCUUAUUCCUUUGAUUGCAGGUUCAAGGACACUGACAAUAGGCCUCUAUAGCUUGGGGGUAAGGUUUUCCCAUUUAAGACCAAAUGCCUUUCCCAAGUCAGAGUAUCGUUUCUUUGUUUAAAGGUUGCACAUGAGAAGGCAUAGAAUAUGGAUACAACUCAAACAAAGAAUUUUAUUCCCAAGGGAAUGAUACAUGGUCUGAAAUGAGAAAACAUU